AUGGUAGAGAGCCCCAGCUGCACACUCUGCGGAAAAAUAGCUAACCUGGAGCAUGUCCUCUCCUCUUGUCGCUCAAGUUUAGCAGAUUUCAAGUUCCGGUGGCGUCAUGACCAGAUCCUUGCUCAGCUGGCAGGGGGUGUUGAGCAGGCCAGAAAGAGGACAAAGCAGCUCUCUAAUAGGCCUCGCUUCAUCCACUUCAUCAGGGCAGCAUUUGCCAAAUUCGGUGUCCCAGCUGUAACAGAAGGUGUCAAAGUUGUUGACAGUUCAGGGACUGAGAUAGAUGAUGAUGUUUUUGAGGAAAUUGUGAAGGAUCCACCCACUGGGGUACUAACCAUCAAAUACGAAACAGAAUCUGUUUCCAUGGUAACUUCUCCAAAGUCCCAACCAUCCGUUUGUUCAUCGGACUCAGACACAAUCAUCCUUGAAGACACUCCUACCAGAAAGCGUCAGAGGCUGGACUCUGAAGCUAUGCAACUGGUGAAAUCCAUUCUUACCAAGAAAUCGGGUGGAAAAUAUAUAAUAAAUGAAUACAACCAAACUAAGUCCUUGACAGAUGAGAGCAGAAGAAAAUUGGUGAAUAUACUGGCAGCUGAGAUGACGGAGAACAAUGGUACAUCUCCAUCUAGACAGGUGAAGGAAAUGUAUGCACAGGGAAUUGUGAACUUGUUCCCCAACCUCAGAGACCCAUUUUCCAAGAAUGGCUAUCAACAGUGGUACUGGGUACUUGGCCUGGAGAAUUACUUUGGCGGAAGACCAUCUGAGAAAGACAAGUCGGGAGGACCAACUGUUGGACGAGUUACCCAAUUCAUUCCAGAGAUUGUCCUGUCUGAAGAUGAGUGCAAGGAAGCGAUGUCACUGAUGAAACAUUCGGCUGACGUGGACAUGGUCAUUAAAAAGAUGAAGCUGACAUUUGCCCAUCGGCAUAACAUGGUCCUGGACCAACAGCAGUCAAGCAACAUUCAAUCUUAUUUUCCUCGUUUUAAAGACAUCAAAGGCUUGGUUGAACAGGAUUUUGUUCUAAUGUUUGGAGAGGAUGUAUCGGGCAAGUUUCUGGAGAAGUGGCCAACCGCAUUCAAAAAGAAGAUCAUCCAACAAUGCAGAAAGCUUCCCUCCAUCACUGAGCUUGAGGAACUCCUGAUGGCAGCUGACCCUCCUGAGGAUGGGGCUGAAGUGAACGUUGACUUUGGUUGGGACAGUGACCUCUCAUCGAUUUUGCUGCUCUUACACUUGAUCCCACCGACUGCUCUAGGUCGGAAGAGGCCAGGAAAAGUUUCUGCAUCCCGGGCUGAGAAGCAUCUUGUGGUCUUCAAGAAGAUUCUUCUCUCCAUUGGAACUGGAACAAGCAUCCAAGAACAUCUUGACACCAUUUCUACCAGCACUCAACCCUAUCUCCUGGCUGUUGGAGUGAGGAAGAAUACAACCCACCAGUUCUUCAUAAUUCUCGACAAGAAUGCCAUACCUUGCAGGUCACACUCCUCUCUUGGUGCUUUUGAUGAACUGUUUAAAGCACACUUUGUGUUUGUGACAUCAUACCACACCAUGCUCCACAACAUGUACACAUUCAUCCAGACUACUUUGUACAACAUUGAUGUUGGGAAGGUCAAAGAGAGUCCUCGUGUUGCUGAAAUUAGGACAACGUUGCUUUUGUAGUGUUUGACUUUUGUCUUCCACCAUUAAGUGUUUUGUUUAUCAGGCUGAGUUCCUAGUUCAAACAUGCUUGUUCGACAUUUACGUUUAGUUCACGGUUACCUGCCUGGAAAAAAUCUUAACCUUAAAUGCGUUCAAACUGGAUGUGGUGGUGUGUUUGGUACUUUCUCUGGUUUUAGGAAGCAUUUGAAAACAAAACACUGUGUACUGAACUACAGAUUGGCACCAAUGUUCACUUAAACAGGACAGAAGAGACAGUGUCAGUUAAUGUAGAUGAGUCAGCCACAACAUCUGAACAGUCGAGACAAGCUAAUAGGAGCAGUCUGGAUAUGUGUGCCACUGCUGUUGCACAAUUUAAGGCAGCUGGAUUAAGUCAGUCUACUAUGAAUGGAUUUGUCUCAUCCAUGGAGGAAGUGUUUUUUGAGAUUCAUAGUCAGGCAAAAGAUCCAGCCCUGCAGUGUUUAUCUCCACGGGACACAGACCGUAAGAACCAAUUGGAUCAAAGGUCUGCCAUUUCAUGCAGACCUAAGGUCACCCUUUCUGUAUUCUCUCCCUAAAGUUGAUUGUUCUGCCUGACAA